UGAAUUCCAGGACUAAACACCACCUACCAGGAAGUGAACCUCAACAGACUCUCCUCUCUAGCCUAUUGAGCUUUCUCGACUCACCCUGCGCCAUGGCUUCCCUUUCAAUCCUCCGUCUCGCUGCUCGCCCUAGUGCUUCCACCCUGUUUAGACCCUGCACACGAACGAUCAGGAGAGCUCCUCUCGUAGCUCAAUCCAUUUCCGCGAAAUCUCCUUUCAGCUCGACAGCCGUUCACAGAAGCUCUGGCCACGAGGACGAGACAUUCGAAGAGUUUUCAGCAAGAUACGAGAAGGAGUUCGACUCUGUGCAAGACGUCUUUGAGCUGCAGCGAAAUCUCAACAACGCGUUCGCUUACGAUCUCGUCCCUUCGCCCGGCGUUUGCACUGCUGCACUGAAAGCCGCCAGACGUGUCAAUGACUAUCCCACAGCCGUCAGGAUAUUCGAAGGCAUCAAAGCGAAGGUCGAGAACACCCAACAAUACGAGGAAUAUCUGGAAGAGCUGAAACCCUUACGUGAAGAGCUCGGCGUUAACCUGAAAGAGGACCUGUAUCCUGGCAACAGCGACAGCCCUCAUUUCAACCCGUAAAUGCCGACACGGUUUGGGAAACGGAGCUGUACAUGGAAAUAGGUAUCACCACGGUUCGCAGCAGAGGGAGCGGUCGAUCGUCGAUAUUUCUUGACAGCAUGCAAGAGAGGAAGGCUGGCAGCAAGUGACAGAUAAGCUUGCGGCUGGCCUUUGCUCGCAAACUCCAACUACCUACGCUGUAGUUAAAAUGUACAGUUUUGAAAGGAUUGCGCCACUUUUUGUUCCUUA